UUUUAAUUUUCCAUAUUUUUCUAAUAUUUUUUUUCAUUUUUUUCUCCUCCACUGACCCAUUUUUUAUUCGUUUUCAGUUUUCCCCUCCAUCUCGAGACUUCACCUUUUAUAAAACAAUAAAUAUUGUUGCAUGGCUUGAGGGUCGUUUACCUCUGCGCGAAUUAAUUUUUCCCUCAUAUCCUUCCUCUUCUGUUCGCGUUCAUGCCGUUUAUAAUAUCAUUUGCGCAUCCCUCUAACUCCCCAAAACUGCUUUUUCCUUUUUUAUUUUUAAUCGAUCGCUUUCAAUAUAAAAAUUAUUUUUUGAUCGAAAAGUGUCCUUAUAAGAGAAAUUUUUUUAUUUUUUGAAAAUUUUUUGAAAAAAAAAUUUUAAUUAAUUUUUUAUACCCCUCAGAAUGACUACUAAACCAACUACAAAUUCAUCAAUUUCCUCAAUUUCUUCCUCUUCCUGUCCUUCCACAUUUUCCUCCAUUUAUUCAACAUCUACACACUUACCUGUAAUUAACCCAAAAACAAAAAAUAAUUCCUCUUCAAUUUCCGCCUUAAAUGAAAAUUCUUAUUAUUCACAACAAAAGACACAAACACCCUCACAAACAACUUCAAAACAAUUUAAUUCCUCUGGUUAUUUAUACAGAAAUUCCUGGGCAAACCUUUUAACAGAUAUUGGGGAGAAUAAAACACACAACAAGUUGGUAAACAACAAAAACACAAAUAAAAUAAAAUCAGAAUUUUCUUUCCGGAAAGCUUUUAAUUGGAUAAAAUUUCCUUGGCAAAAUACCCAACCAACUUCCUCAAAUAUUAACAAUAAUAAUAUAUUCCCACCACCUCCACCUUAUGAAGAAAGAAUACACAAACAAAUAUACAAUAAUAAUUAUUUAAAAAAUCAGAAUUUUGGAAUUUAUGGGGGAAGGAAUGGAGAGGAUAUUUAUAACUACAGUUGCGGGCAAAAUAGCACCAACCCAAUUAUCUACUCUUCUAGGCCCGCACCUUUCCCCUUAUUAGCACAACCAAAAACAACAACACGGUCUUCAUCUGUUCAGAGUUCUAUUCCAAGUAGUGUUGGACAACAACAAAAUCGUUUACUAUCUCUUAGACAGCCUAGUGGAAAUGAGAAAAUUAAAAGAAAUCGAAUGCAGGAACUACGCGAAUUUUGGAACAACAAGUCUUCAUGUAGAAUUUUUUGUCUAGCAAUUUUGUUACUAAUUAUAAUUGCUUUAAUUGUUGCUGGUCUUGUAAGCAGUCAUUUAAGCCUUCCAAAACAUUUUGAAUUUAUUUGGAUAACCCCAGAACAGUCCCGCUUUGGAACAGACCAAUUAAUUACGUCAAUCCAUGGCCGUUUAGAUGUGGGAAAAUUGGGGAAACAGGCACGACUAGAACUGACUGGAACUCCUCCUUUUCGUUCCAACUUUGUUUCUAUUUUGGAUUUUAAAACGAAUCGUGUAGCAAUAAUGGACAUGUCUUUACGUUCAGGGAAUUCGCAACAACAAAAACAACAAAAUCGUUAUAUGCUUGUUUGCUUCGUUGUUGAUUUGGAUAGACAAAAUAUUGGGGAUUUGGAUGAAUUGUUAAAAUCUGCAAAAGUUGGGGCUAAUAGAUUAAAUCAACUUCAUGGAUGGGAGCAGAAUUGGCAAUUUACUGGUAUUCCUCUUAGCCAACCACCUUUGUUUGAGCCGGAGAUAGGCGAAUGCAAAGAUGCUCGUUGGGUACAUUUAUCCAAAAUUAAUGGAGAUCAGAAAAAUCAAAAAUGCAGUGAAUGCUUUGAUUUUUGCUUGCCUGAUUGGGGAAUACAAAAAGAUGUUGUUCGUGACGAGAAUUAUUUAAACAUUCUUCGACAAAUUUGUUUUUCCUUGUUUAUUCCCGAAUGGAGACCAUUUGCUCAACAAGCACCUCUUGGGGGUCAACAAAGAGGACAAACGAUAGAUUUAUUGUACAACCAACAACAACCAAAUAAUAAUAAAAUUGAUGAGAGUAAAGCUACAUUAAAUAAUGGACCGACCGAGACAAAGUGGAUAUCUCUUCAAACACCACAAAAUAAUGGCCUUAUGGUUGACCAAAAUCGUCUACUACCUUCAUUACCCAACUCUCAAUACUCUUCACCCCUUCAAUUUCCACCAAAUCAGGAACAAUUUUCUCCAAUUACCGGCCAGGCUCCUUCAGUUAAUUUAAUGUCAAGGAAUGAGGGUUAUAAUGAAGAAGGUAGAAGACAAUUAACAACAUGGCCUUUUAUUGGAGAAAGAAAUCAAAAAAGCAGCGAAAUGUUGCUACCCAAUGGAAGGCAACAAAAUUCUGGUAUUCGACAACUUUGGUGGACUUGA